AUGCCGCCCCCACCCGCUCACCGCUCGCCGAUCAAGCGUCUGUCGCUGUCUCCGCCUGUGUGGAAGGAUCAGCUGCGCCAACGCUGUCUACAGCGUCUCAAGCGAGACCGCAGUCAGCUUCUGGCCAAGCUGCGACGACCGGUGGACGAUUUACUGCUCAUGGGACGCUUAAAAGAGAGUGACUACCUGGAGAUCAUCCACACGCUGGAGGACGCGCUACGUCUCGAGACUGAGAUGGACACGAAUGAAGACGAGCAACUACGUCUGGCCGAACACAUGGCUGAGCUCGAAGACGCCGAACUGGAGGCAAUGCUGGCCAAGCAACAACAGGAGUUGAUCUCUGUACUGUGCCCCAUCUGUAAGGCUGGCUACCUCCGAGAGCACGCAAGCACUCAGAUGUCGACGCCUUUCAUCUCAUGCGGCUGUGGCUUCACCUUCCACGUCAAGUACGUGUACCAUUCAGUGCUCGAAGACUUCCAGGACAAGAUCGUCAACGCUUUUAUGACGCAUCGUGACUCAUGUUGUGCCGAUCCAACGUUCGAGAAGAAGACAACACCGGACAAUGGUGCGGACGUCCUGUGUAUCAAGUGUGCGCACUGUGGCUCUAUGCCCGUGCUGCCCUGA